AUGGAUGCAAAUCUAGACCCGUCUAUAACUGGGCAAGAUAUUUUCCAUGCCUCGACUCUUGAUAGAAGCAACGACAUCCACAACGAUUUAGACCGCCACCAUGAUCAUGUCCAUCAUCAUGAAGACGAAGAUGACCACGCCAAUGUCUUUCGUCUCAAUGAAUAUGUUGCAGAACACAGCCAUGCUGAUGAAAGCACUGCUACUGCUGCAUUGAUCCAAUUCAAUAGUAUGGUUUCUGGUGAUUCUGGUACUUCUGUAAUAGGUGGUGGAUCAUCUGGUGUUUCUGGAGGUUCUGGUGUUGAUACUGCUGCGAACUACUACAUUCAAAGUGAAACAUACGCCGAAGAAAUCUCGCCUCCUGCUGAAAAACCAACCUCUAUAGUAAAACUUGUAGAAUACGAUCCUAGUGGAAAACCUAAAAGAUUGGGUCGUCCUCGUAAAAACAUCACUAAUAGUUUAGCCCCACCUGAAAACUCUUCUUCGAAGAAUUUGAAUGGAGCUAUUUUAUCGAAGUUUAGAUUGGAUUCGCAGCCAUUGGAGGGUCCAGGUUCUAGAGGUGGAAGACAGGGUGGUAGAAAGAGCCCACGAGGACGUGUCACAUCUUCUACUAUGAGGAAAAGGAAGCAGCAACAACUCAAUUUCGUUGUAGAUAAAGAAAAAACAGCAGUCUAUACUAAGCUUAAGGACGAAGAAACGCCGCAGGUAAUUUCUGAAAUGAGCUCAGAACCUCAGGGUACGCCAGAUGUACGAUCUGAUUACGAUGCAGAAGGAAGUGUAGAAUUGCUAGAAGAUGCCACUGGCAAUCUAGUAACUGAAUCUCCUAAAAGCCUACCAGAAAAGACUAAGAAACCAAAAGAGACUAAGAAGUCAGAAAAAAAGAGAACAGCAACUAAAUCAGAGAGGAAUAAAAAAGAAGGUAGUAAACCAGAAACCGGUAAACAAGUUGAAAGUUUACUUGAGACUCUGAAGAGGAAAAUAAAACAUAGUCAAACUGCUUCAAAGAGACUGAAAAAUUCCAGACUCGUAUCGGUGAGUAGAACCACCGUUCUUAAUUCAGUAAACCGUUUGAGUCGUCAAUUACCGGGACCAUUGAUUGGACUUCAUUAUGACUUGUACGAUGAAAAUAUCCUCAAUGCACCACAGAACAUCAUCGCUACUUCUGAAAAGAUCGCAUUGGGUUUCCCUGUUAAGGAAUCACCCUAUGCUAGUGACAUCUUGACUAUCGUCGCAUUUUUGAUGAAGUUUCAAAAGGUGACAGACAUAUAUGGAAUAGGUCCUAAAAACAUAGAGGAAGGACUCAGUUUACCAAUUUUUGCCCUAGGCAAAGAAUCCGAAGAAAAUGGAAAUGAAGAACAGGAAAGCUUCCAGUCAGAUCGCAAGUAUGAUCCAAAGUAUGUAUCGGACGAAAUGAAUCAACUUUUCUAUAGACUUCUUACUUUGGUUUUGAACAGAAAAAAGCCUAUCCACUCACAUGGGAAAGCAAUUGCGGAAUUGAAGACGAUGUCGGUCGUACUUGGAUUACCCAAAGAAUGGAAAGAACAACCGAUUCCUUCAGCGGAGAAGACUGCGAUUGAAGAGGUUACGUUUAGUCCAGUAGAUCCCAGUAAAGAGAUUCUUUUAUCUAAGAUUCCAGAAACAAUAGAGCCAAAAGUUAAGUACAAUCCGUUUUAUUCAACUGAGUUUGAAAGAUAUGGAUUGGAAGGCUUAGAGAACCCAGUGGAUCGUUUGAUUCUCUUGCGUACUUUGCUUCAAUGGAGUUUGACUUCCUCGGAUUUGAUGAAGAACUAUAUUUCGCAGAACCUCCAAGCCCAAGACAUUCCGGGUGACAAAGAUUCGCAGUAUGCUGCUGUUUCCAUUCUCAAGGGUUUCAAGUACACUGAAGCCUUAAAGAAGGAGGCAGAGAUCAAGUUGUCUAAACGUAAAUCUGAAGAAGGUGUCAAAUAUGUCGAUCCAACUUCCAAUCCCCUUAACCAUUGCUUGGAACUAAGAUUGAAUGAGCAUUUGGUUGGCGACUUGGGUUUCCAUGCUGGAAGGUUUUUUCUCUGCCGUAUGUGGGGUGAAGACAACGGUGGUCUAUCUUCCAUCAAAAAGAUGAAAACCACCUGGUCCACUUCUGCCAGCUUACGAGUAGAGCUUCCUUCGAACUUCAAGCUCUAUGUUCAAGAUGUAUAUAGCAUGUUGGUUGGUGCUUUAACUAACGAUGGAAUAGAGUUUGACGAAGAUGGAAAAGAAGUCGAAUCUUUAACUGUGCAACCUGGUUCAACUUGGUAUGAAGUAGCCUCAAAUAGUGAAGAGCUUGCUAAUUUUGUAGACUACUUGGCCAGUCGUUUGGGAAUAAACAGCGAUGUGUCUGCUCCAACUGUCAUUCCUAUGACUUCAAUGAUCUACAAGCCAGCGUUGAACCUUCAUGACUACUUGUCAUCUGUUUUGCCGUUAGUAUCGGAACAAGAACAUCUUCAAUCAGAGAAGCGGAGCUCGAGACUGAAAUCCAUCAACUACAGUGAUGCCAAGGCGUCCGAAGAGUAUCUUGCCAUGCUAGAAGAAGAAGGGGUAAUUGAACAUCAUGAAGAAGCGGGCGACGACGAUUACGAAGAUGACGAAGUAUUAGAAGUGCAAGACGAUGAUGAAGAAGAGUAUGAGGAUUAA